GUUUGCCAGAAAUAGAAAUUGAAAGUGAUGCUGCGGUAGUCGCGUCAAGUCGCGUCUUUUCCAUAUUAUAUUUUCCCAAGGCUGUGGAUAGUCAAUGAGAUCGAUAAAGGAGGUGGACCCCUUGUACUUCUUAACUCAACAACAGUAGUCCAGCAAUAGAUAAGCUAAAACGAUAGCCCUGAUGUCACGAAGUUUCUCAAUGUUCUACCGAAGUUGUAGUCUACCUAUCGGGAGUAGGUCACAAGGCCUAAGGGGUCUACUGAACUAUGGCCUGUCAUGCUGUGUGAAUGCUCUGCUGCAGUCCUUCUCUGCCACCUGGGAACUGGUAGAUCUUCUAGAAGGGUGGAACCCAGUUGACAAGGAGGGUGUCCCUCUGUAUCUGAGGAAGGUGCUACUAGCCAUGCAGAGUGACCAAUCCCAGCCUGCUCCUCAUAAAGACUUCCUGCACUGCCUGGACAGAAAUUACAUCCGCAACCAUGUUCAGCAGGAUGCAGAUGAGGUAUUCCUCUCCAUUUUAAACCUCAUCCAACAACAGAUGAGUGACAAGGCCUUGGCUCAGGAGAUUCAGUCUCUGUACAAGGUUACCAUGGAGACAUACCUUCAGUGUCUAGAAUGUACAUACAUCGAAACUGGGACCAGCUUUCUGCUCAGCCUCCCCAUGCACAUAAGGGAGAGCCACAACUCCCUGGAGGACUGUAUGCGGUUUUUCUUCAAGCUUCAGGAGCUACGGGAUGGAGAUAAGUGCUACUGUGAAAGGUGUGGAGAGAAGACGCCAUCCGAACAGGGCUUCAAACUCAUCUCCCUGCCCCCUGUCUUGUGUCUUCACCUGAAGAGAUUCCGUCAUUCCCAUGGUUACACCAGGAAACUACACUGCAAAGUCACCUUCCCAGAAACCCUGAACAUUUCUGAGAUCUUGACAGCAGAAGCACUGUCAGAAAGUUAUGUACAGAGUGACAGCCAGUACAGUUUGUGUGCAGUCAUAGUGCACUCCGGCGAUGCCAUGUUUGGACACUACACAGCAUACGUUCGUCACAAGGACCAGAGCUGGUACUACGCUAAUGAUCGUUAUGUACGGCAGGUUAGCUGGAAGGAAGUACAGAACACCUAUGGAGGAAGUCUGGGAGGAGACACAGCAUAUAUGCUGCUCUACAGACGAACCCCAGAGGGAAAGCAACAGGAGUGGUCCUCGGGCUGACGGAGCUAAAGGAAUAAAGGGUGGAGACUGGAGACCGUAGGAAUCAAGGACCAAACACAAAGUGCACAACUACCUAUUGGAGGGGUUGUUGUCUUCAUUUAGCAUUGGGGAUGUCCUUUAUCUUGAUGAUUUUCACUUUAAAAUGAUGGGUAAUGGGUCAUUGUUUAUGUGCAAUUACAUGGAUUUGUUUAAGUAUAUUUGGUGUGGUGUGUAUAUGUUUUGAGGUUUUGUUUAUGCUGGAUACAUUGGACAUUCAUAGGGCAUUACUGAGUUUAGCCAAUAGGUGGAGGCAAAGACCCUUCACCCUGUCAUUAGUACAGUCAUCUUGUAAGCUCCAGAGACCACACGUUCUGAAACCGUUCUGAAACCACUAUAAGACGGGUGGUUUGAAGAGAGUGCUGAGUUGAGGUAUUCUGGGGGAAAACCUGAAAAAGGCCAUUGACUCAUUGGUGAUAAUAUUUGCCUGACAUGGAAAACAUGUGACUCACCUUGUUUCAGAACAAUUGGUUUAUACAGUAGUUACCGGUACUCUGUUCUGUUUCGAUUUCACUACAGAUAUAAUGCUGUCAACAGAGAAAUAAACAGUCAUUUUCCCAGCUA